AUGCGAACAGGCCGAACCACAACGUGUCCAAAGGGUGACAGGAAAAUUCCUGCACCGGUGGCGGUUUACAUGACACAACGCUAUUCGAAAUGCAAAGGUUUAAGCAAACUAUUAUUCACAGCAGAAGACGUCCUAUGUCGUCGUUGCCUGGAAUAUGAGAAUGAAUUCUAUGAAGAUACUUAUUUGCAUAAGCAAACAAAGUUUUCGUCUGCUGACGAUGAUGACGACGCACCUUUAGCAUCAUCAUCAUCAACAACACCAAGAAAGUUGAGAAGCCAACGACAUGUAUUCCAAGAUUUUUCAUCAUCAACCAAAUCCAAUACAGACUCGGUUUCCACAAAUGAUUCUGAACAUGUCCGGCUCAUUUCCAAAGAAGAAACAGGCCGGUUGCAAUCUUCAUUGAACGUUAUGUUGCAUCACUUUGAGAUGUCACCGGUGAAAGAUUUACGCGAUCGUGAUGCAUUACGAGAGAAAACAAAUUUACUGAUGUACAAUAUUCGAGCUGUUGGAGAAAAAUUGGUAGACUCAAUGGAGUUAACAUCUACACCAUAUCAUCCGAAUCUUACAGAUAUCACAUUGAAUGAAGCUGAUGACCUCGUUGGUGGUAUGAAGAAGCUAUUUUUGGACAACGAUGGUAUAGAAAAAAUAAGAUUACUGACGAUAUGUCCUGAAGAAUGGGGACGACAGAAAAUCCAAGAUUUCUUCAAUGCGACUGAGCGACAAGCCCGAAAAUCACUUGAACUUCGGCUUACAAGUGGUAUUUUAUCACGACCAGAAUACUGUUCAGGAAACCAACCCAUGGAUCGUGAUACACUCGAGUGCGUGCUUGAUUUUUUCGGGUCUGAUACAAUCAGUCGCGUGUCACCAAAUGCCAAGGAUUGCAUUCUGAUGCCUGCUCCAGAUGGGAGUGCUAGUAAACAAACUACACCAGUGCGGUUUAUGCUUAUGACAAUCGGGGAGGCAUACGAACAAUUCGUUUUUGAUAAUCCAACAGUCGCAAUUAGUCGGUCAAAGUUCUAUUCGCUAAAACCCAAAAAUGUGAAGAAAACCUCUCCCCACGAUGUGUGCAUUUGGAAAGUUUGUCCUUCCGAAGUGUUAGCAAAAUCAUUCAUUGGAAAUACAGAUGAUACAAUCGAGUAUAUGAUAUGGAGACGAACAGAUAAAAAAGUUCGUAUUUUUAUGCUAUACGUUCAGUUGUACGCUGGAAUAAAUAUUUUUCAGGUGGAUAUUCAUCGUAUUACUUCGACAAUAGAAGAGCUGUUGUCUGAAUUGAAUGACCGUUGGGCAGUAUUUCUGUUACAUCAGUACAUUAAUCACCAACAAAAACCUUUCAUUCAGAAGAUUCAAGCAAAUCCAGGUCCCAAAGCAGUGAUUGUCAGUAUGGACUUUGCUGAGAAUUAUACCGUACCGGUACAGCGAGAAAUACAAUCGAAGCAUUGGAACGCUCUUCAAGUGACAAUAUUUACUAUUCACAUGAAAUUCGAAGGAGGAUAUUGCAAUGCAGCUGUCAUAUCGAAUUAUAUGAUGCAUGACACUGCAUUCGUCUAUUCUGCGCAGCAGUUGAUUGUCGAUUUUAUUUUGAAAAAUAUCCCUGGUGUGGAAGCAAUUCAUUAUGUGACUGACGGA